AUGACGCUCAACGGGAGCUUUGGCGGCGCUUCGAUUUUCGAUCGAAUGUUGGAAUCGAAUCGAAUCAUUCCUCCAGCCAUGGACGCCUUUGUCCACAAUCUCAUUCGAGCUCAUGCAGAGCAAGAUCCCGAUUUACAAGCAAUAUGCUCUUCGGAUGGCAACCUCAGCUACGGCGAGCUCGAGGAUCUCUCUUCACAACUAGCGACCCAUCUCGUUACACAAGGUGUUGGACCCGAAGUCAUCGUUCCCUUGUGCUUCGAGAAGUCUAAAUGGGCAAUUGUCGGGCUGCUUGCGAUUCUCAAGGCAGGAGGCGCCUUCGCUCUUCUGGAUCCCUCUCAACCUGUUGCUCGGCUGGAGUACUUUGUCAAGCAAGCAGGAGCCACUUUCGCUCUCUCAUCUUCAGCAUGUUUGGGUACCUGUCAGAAUCUCGUAGAACGGUCAUUUGUCGUGGAUGCCGAGGCGUUCCUCAAACUGAAAAAAGCCCCAGUCCACUCUUCCGCCAAGCUCAUCAACGCGGCUUACAUCAUCUUCACUUCAGGGAGUACUGGUGUUCCAAAAGCUGUCAUCAUUGAGCAUUCGCAACUCUCCACCACAGCUACCUACUGCGGGCAGCGUAUGGGUUAUGGCAAGAAAUCUCGCGUCUUCCAGUUUGCCUCAUACGCUUUUGAUGCUUGCAUCACGGACAUCUUUGCAACUCUCGUUCAUGGAGGAACCGUGUGUAUUCCUUCAGAGUGGGAGAGAAAUAAUGCCAUAGUUGAUGCGAUGAACAGAAUGGAAGUCACGAACGCCAAGUUUACACCUUCACUCGCUACUAAUCUCACUUUCGAAAAUGUGCCGACCUUGAAGACGUUAAUAUUGGGUGGAGAGAGUGCUUCUCCCUCAUUCAUUGAGAAGUGGGCUUCGAAAUUAAGACUGAUUUUGGUUUACGGUGAGAAAUUUCUUGCUAUAUUUUCGGCUAAAAAUUGGCUUAGCUUUCGCUAUAGGCCCCACUGA